UUCCUGUGAAACGCAAUUAUUUGGACCUUCAUUACUCACUACACUCGUCCUCAAAAACAGACGCCAUAUUUAUUGACUUCGCCAAAGCAUUCGAUAAGGUCCCUCUCAUCCGCCUGAUGAAAAAAAACUAGCUCGUCUCAAGACUAACAGUAAAGUUAUAAGUGGAUCAAUAACUUACUGACCUACCGGUUUCAGGCAAUAGCCGUUAAUGAUGUGCAUUGAUGCUUCAGUUAACACUUAUCAUGCACUCCACUUCCCGCAGUGCUGAUAAGUAUUAGCUACAGCAUCAAUGCAUUUCGCCACAGAUUUUGAAGACGUAUUCUCGAAAGCCGUGGUAAGCACGGAAAUCUUGCUAAAUUGUCAUUACUUCAUUAAAUUCUCGGGUUCUAUUCCGUAAUUGUGACGUAUUCCUUAAUGUUAUUAAUUGCAAAGAUAUUCGGCGAAUGUUUUUUUUUUUUAAUUAGCUGUCAUCUCUGCAGUUUCUCUUGCACGAUUUAAAGUAAUAUCCGCCUCUUCAAAAUUCCAGUUGAUGUAAAAGAAUUGUGACAUCUACCACAACAAAUAGCUAUCGUCUGCUUCCAUCAAAAUAGAUAAACCGGUAUAUACCACCUGCUUCAAAUGGGAAGUGCCAGAAAUUUUAGACAGUGCAGAGGAGAUUAAAAUGCCUUUUUUUUUUUUUGCAACACAUUACUACAGGCGGCCGAUAUCAGUAAGAUGUAACUUAUACCUGUUAAUUAAAUUUUUUCAUUACUUAUGGACACGCACUUCUUGUACUUCUUACCAUUUAGAUUAAUCGCAAACGUCGCAAAAUCCGAUGGUAGAAAUAAAAGAAAGCGUUACAAGAUUACUCUCUAUCUCUCUUUCUAUGAACAUGAUAUUUCCUCUAAUCAGCACCCCCUACUAAAUUUUUCCUUUAAAAAAUCUAAGAAUUAAGGAGAGACUCAAAAGACAUAGGGGAAGUACCCAAUUCUUCUUGACACUAAAUGGGGUUAUAGAGUAGCUGCCUUGAACUAUUAUCUUCAUAGAGCUGGUCUGUCGCCCGCUAAGCUGUGCCGAUUAUGUGGUAAUGACGAGACGAUAGAUCGUUUCUUCGUAUGAUGCCACCGUAUCUCAUUAUUUAAGGAAAGCUAUUUUAAAAGAACCAAUUCAUCGUAUUGUAAAAAAGUUUUCUAUUCAUAACAUUCUAUAAUUGGAUGCCUCCCUUACUGGACACUGUCAUAUCUGCACAGCCAAUGUGAAAUUUUCAUUUUAUUCAAGACGAUUUCCUUGCUCAAUUCUUAAAACUUUACGUUAUUGUACUUUUCCUUAAGUCUCACAAAAAAUUUCAUUUGUCUUUUUUUUUUUUUUUUGCUGAUUGUUUUCACUUAUAGGCGGGUGUGAGCCACACAUAGAGGCAAACCAACCAACCAAUAUUCGCCUAUCUCCAAACAGUGGCUUUGCGUCGCUUUCUGAUGGUAUCAUCAUCACCAUCAUCAUUGUCAUCAUUAUCAUUAUCAAGCCCCGUCUCGAGAGGUGAAGAAGUCUCACGGCAGGAGAAGGCCUGCACAACACUGUAUACCGUCCAAAAUUACGCCGUACCGCGCACGCAAGAGCCCGUGAAUCGCUGAUGCGAAGGUCCUGCUCGAAGACACAGUCAUGACUCUUUCUCUGAUCGUAAUCGUACUAGUUCUCGUUAAAAUUCUGGCCGGUGUCUACACUGCGGUCACGCUACCGAUCUACUUCGUGUUCCAGAAGCCCUGGAACUACUGGCGGCGAUCGCGGACAUGCUUCGCCAAGCCAGUCGUGGAGAACGACCCGUCGACGCCUUACUGGCGCCUCGGAAACCAGUGCCACCAGGUCCAGGCUCUGGCGGGCGUCACCACCUUGGACGAACUGGCCCGAAGGGCGAUCUGCACCUGGCCCCUGCGGCGCUCUCUGGGGACGAGAACCGUGUUGGGCCGGACAGAAGAAAAACAAAGCAACGGCAAGGUUUUCAAGAAGGCGCUUCUGGGCGACUACGAGUGGCUGACGUACCGCGAGGUCGACCGACAGAUCGAGCUCACCGCCCGCGGCCUCCAGUCGAUAGGUGCGAGGCCCGGCCAGUACUUGGCCAUCUUGGCCGAGACUCGGAUCGAAUGGCUGCUCACGGCGCAGGCCUGCUUCCGCAUCAACGUGCCGCUGGUGACGUUGUACGCGACGCUCCCCAACGAAGGCAUAGUGAGCGCCAUGAACGAGACCGAGGCGACGCAUCUGGUCACAUCUUCGGAACUUCUGCCACGGGUGCUAAGCAUCGCGGACAAGAUGCCGUCGAUUAAGCACGUUGUCUACAUGGAGGACCCCAACUCCAAGCCAUUAGAUCCACCCGCUCAAGGACCACAAGUAAUUCCGUUUUCCAACCUGGAAAACAUGAAAGUGAAUUUCGUGGCACAAAAGUCCGCGCCGACACCGCACGACGUAGCCAUCGUCAUGUACACCAGCGGGUCCUCCGGCGUGCCCAAGGGAGUCGUGGCCACGCACAGAAACAUCAUCGCAGCCAUGAGCGGCCUCGGCCCCGUCCGCCAGCCAUACUGCACCGACCAGGACACGUACAUCGCCUACCUGCCGUUGGCUCACGUCUUGGAACUGGCCGUCGAGUCGCUCGUCUUCGGUACAGGCACGCCCAUUGGCUUCUCGUCACCGCUGACCCUGACCGACGCCUCGACGGGCGUGGCCAAAGGCUGCCUCGGAGAUGCGAGCCUACUCCGGCCGACUCAGAUGGCCGCCGUGCCGCUCGUGGUCGACAGGAUCUGCAAGGGCAUCUCCGACGCCGUCGCCUCGAAGGGGCCCCUACUCAAGGCGUUAUUCGAUUACUGCGUCGACUACAAGAAUUUCUGGCUCGACUGCGGCUUCGACACACCUCUGCUCAACCUUGUGCUCUUCGACAAAGUGCGCCGCGCACUGGGCUCGAGGCUCAAGGUUGUGGUUGUCGGCUCGGCGCCAUUGUCGAUUGGAACACGCCGUUUCGCCCGUGCCUGCCUCUGCUGCCACGUGAUCGAGGCGUACGGCCUGACCGAGACGUGCGCCGUGGCGACGGUCAACGACAUCGACGACACGAGCGUGGGCCGAGUGGGCGCCCCGGUUCCCGGGUGCUACCUCCGGCUCGUCGAUUGGCCCGAGGGCUCCUACUGCACCGCGGACAAGCCCAACCCGCGCGGCGAGAUCGUCGUCGGGGGCCCGUGCGUCGCGCUGGGCUACUUCAAGAGGGACGAGCUCACGCGCGAAGCAUUUCGCCACGAAUCCGGAGUCCGCUGGUUCUACACGGGCGACGUCGGCGAGAUCUUCCCCGACGGCACGCUGCGGAUAAUCGACCGCAAGAAGGAGCUCGUCAAACUCCAGUACGGCGAGUACGUCUCGCUGGGCCACGUCGAGUCGGUGCUCAAGGCGUGUCCGCUCGUGGACAACGUGCUCGCGUACGGCAGCUCGCUGCACACGUACCUCGUGGCGCUCGUGGCGCCCAACCAUCAGCAACUUCAGCGCCUCGCUCGAGAUCUCGGCAGGGCGAAGCGAGAGCUCACUCUCAAGGAGCUGUGCGAGGACACCGAAGUGGCCAAGGCCGCCGCCGAGUCGAUCCUGGCGUUCGCGCGCAAGAGCGAGCUGCAGAAGACCGAAGUGCCGCUCAAGCUCAAGCUCUGCGCCGAGGAUUGGACGCCGGAGACGGGACUGGUGACGGCCACCUUCAAGAUCCGCAGGAAGCCCCUUCAAAAUUUCUACGAGCGCGACAUCAACGCCCUCUAUUAAAUUGCGGAGCACAGUGCGCUGGUCCGCGCGUAACGCGAGACGUAGCGCAAGCGAUGAUGAUGCGACUAGACUUUAGUACGCGCUGUACUUGAAUAGUAAAAUUUGGUGUCUCUCAUUCGUAAUUUACCAUGCAGGCACAAUAAAUCAAUAUCACUGGU